CACAACAUAAGCUUUGGCCUUGAUAAAAUCUGAACAAAAAACUGAAGUUACACAGAACAGAAUUUAUUGAUUUGAAAUGAAAAUUAAACAAUAAUCCUCUUUUUUGAAAAAGCCCAGCCCUUGAUUAACAGCAAACCUAAAAUGUUUUCUAAAUCAUAAGCAUCGUAGUACUCAUCCAGAUUCUUACAGUAUCAUCCAAGAAUACUUUAAAAAUACGUUGUCACCCAAGAAUACGUUGAAUAUAUGAGACUCUUCAUAUGAAUAUGCGAUGUCUUCUUCAUUUCAAACAAGCUGCAGCAGGUGUUACAGUUGCAUAUUACAUCAUCAGCAUCCAUCAGUUGUCAUUGUUUGACUUCGGAUCGCAGAUGUCUAUAUAUAUCAAGCAUCUUUCAACAAACCAGGUAAGUCUUACUUAUUGGAUGGGGUCAGGCGGACGAUCCAGCUAUAUCCGGAUACUUGUGAGUAAGUGUAAAGCCCUUACAAAAGAACAAGAAUUGUUUUUGCAGUUGGAUUUAAGUGGCCUGCAAAAUUCUUUUAUCUGUUCAUCUUUUGCUAUCUGGAGUGAGGUAUUCAAGAAUCAACACGCCUAAUCUAAGGUAGGUACCAUAACUUUUGUGGCAUUCUAGAAGAUGGCUAAAAUUCAUGUGUUCUGCACUCACGUGUAGAAUAAAUUUGGCCAAAACCUUUCUCUUUUUCAAAUACUUAAAUUACAAAAAAUCUUUACUUACCAUCUUUCAUUAAUUAAGAAGUUUCACUUCAGUGGCCAUCUUAUUUUCAUGCAAAGCUAGGAUAUGACUCAAGCUACUGCACAGCAACAAAAAGGUUUUGCGAAAUACCUCAGUUAAUGUUAAAUUAUUCAUUGUACACUGGAAGAUCCAUUUGACGAUGAACAAACAGCAGCAAAAGAAUCUCGGUUGUCAACAAAGACAUACUGUUAUACUAAACAUAUGUUUGGGGCUAAUGGCUGAAAAAAUCAGAAGCAAAAAUUAAGUCCCUCCCAUCUUUUGAUGAAGACGUAAGAAGGCAGUGAAUAGCCGUUGGGGAAUCAGUCACGGCUGCAUUUGUUUUGGAAAAGUCAUUCAAGGUUGCAUCAGGAAGACUGAUUCAGUUAAGACUUGAUCAAAUCAACUCAAAGGUACCAAUUUAGAAUCAAACAGAGUGUCAAGUAUUUGAUUGAAGCGUUGCAAUCGCCAAAAGGUGCAAACAGUUGCAUGCAAGUUUAACCCUAGCUGUAUACAAAAAACGGAAAAUUUGUCAGGCAUUCUGCAUUCAAAGCUCCUGUAAAAAAAUGGCAGGGAAGGACGCAUCAGCUUUUUGUAGUGACAAGGCACUUCGAUUGUACGAACUUUUUUCUAUUCCAAACGGGCUCAUUGCAUUGAUAAAUGUAAUUUUGAACUCGCUGCUGACAUUUGUCCUUUGGAAAUUGGGAAAGCUGCAAACAAUCUCAUUUCGCUUUAUUUUCAUUCAAAGUUCAUGUGACGUGCUAGUUGGAAUAACGAUGCUGCUGACAAGGAUCAUAAUUCACGUAACCAACAAGCAUUCCUGUGCACUGAUCACAUAUACAUACAUCGCAUGCGACUCGCUUUGUGGCUUUUCUGCCGUCAUGAUCACACUGAUUGCAGUGGAUCGAUUCAUACACAUGCGAUUUCUGAACCGCUACUCUGAUUGGAUGAACAGCCAGAGAGCCAUAACUAUGGUGCUGUUCAACGUCUUCGUCUCCGUCGUUAUAGUUGGUGUACAAAUCCUGGGGCACUUCGAAAACAGCUACGUGUUCUCACAUGUUAUUUUGAAUUGCAUUGCAAUCGGGCUAAUGAUUUCAGCUAGCUUUGUCUAUUGCAAUGCAUACAGAUCAUUGAACAGAAGAACAAGGCAACUGAACCUUGAGCGAAGUCUGCCUGUAACCGCGAACUCGGAAGCAAACAAUAACCCAGCCGGGAACGCUGGCGCACUCGUUCCGCGUCGCAAACGGAAUGCGUCGCAAGAGUUUCUAAAGGUGAUGGUUAUUGUCUUGACGUCGUUGAUUCUAACCUACACCCCGUUUGUCGUUUCAUGGACUGUGAUUUACUUGUAUCGGGACAAUGAAAAAAUCAAUGACAAGGUUUUACUAUUCCACUUCUUUUCUAGGCUUUUUGUUUGCAUAAAUUCGUCUCUAAACGCAACUUUAUUCCUUUCCAUGAACAGAGAGCUAAGACGAUAUGCCUCGCGCGUUCUGAAAUGCUAUCCAAACGAUUUAAGGGGAAAUGAUUCAUCGACAGGUGGCAAGUAAUGCAUUCUACUUAAAAUCACGUAGUAUAGUGAUACCCCAAUUAGCCAAUCAGAAGGGUCCACGUUAGUGGCGUACCCAAGGGGGAGGAAAAGGGGGUCCGGACCCCCCUCCACUUUUCUAAAAUAUGAUCCUCGAGAUUUGUCCAAAAACGAUGUAAAACUCAUUGGGGGGGGGGGGGGUGUAGUAUACGGUAUUCUUGUGUCAAUAACAAUUGUAAAAUACUUUGCUAUUUACCGUAGCUAACAUGAAUCAAAUAAUGGGGGGAAAUUUGGCGUUUCCCCUCAUUUGCGAGUGUCUGAAGGGCGUGGUCCAAAACAUUUUCUGGGGGCUGAGCCCCAGAACCCCCACUGCUGCAGCCCUGGGUACGCCACUGGUCCAGGUAGUUUCUCUAAGCGCAAUAAAAAAUACAGCGAAGAUGGGAUGUUUACUGUCUAAUUUUCAAAAUAGCAAGGUACCAAAUUUUCUGUAUUAUCAGUGUGAAUAAACACACAUUUUGCAACAAAAAUGUACCAUGGCCAAUGUGGCUAUGAUGCUUGCAUCAACAAAAUAGUCUUUUCUAGGGUCCUUAUAAUGUUUGAUAUUGCCAAUUACCCCCUCACCCCCCCCCUCCUUCCUCGAAAAAGUUUGAUAGCUGAACUAAAACGUUUUUGAAUUGACAUCCAUUUGUGGAAGAUGACUCCUCUAUAUGGAAGCCGCUACCAAAAGGAAAAUUGCCUUUUAUUAUAAGUGGGUUUUCCAAGUUUUUGUACACUUGUUAAAAUUACAGGAAAUUUCUAUUAGUACUGGUGAUUUGCCCGAGAGAAGACUCAAACCAUCUCCAAUCUUCAACGUUGCAUAAAUUCACAUGGAAGGCCAUGAACGCGAUAAUAGUUUUUCUAACCGUCUUAAUUGUUUGACUAAGACAGGCUUCCUAGCCUAUUUCUUUUUUCUUCCUCUCGCUCCCCCCCCCCCCCCCCCCCCU